AUGUUGAUUAUAUCCAUCCUUUUACAAAUAUUUGAAACCGCUUUCAUUACAACCGAGUUUAUAGAUGUCUUCUUUGUCAAGGCAAACUUAGAUUUGCUAUUAACAAACCUCAAGUUUUCGAUGCAAGGUGCUGUUAAUAUAUGCAAAGCUUGGUCAUUUAUCGCCUGGCAAAAAGAUUGGAGGGCUGUCUGUGACUAUGUGACGAGGGCAGAUAUUGCUAAUAGAUCUUCUUUAGACCCCAAAAAGAAGGAAAACAUUGAAAGUUUCACCAAGUACUGUAGAAUAGCUGAGUUGGAGGCGUUGAAAAUUGAUACGGCGGCCAUAUUUGAUAGCUCUGAAAGUGACGCGAUUGACAGAAUCAGAGAUUGUCAUAAAAGGCACAUUGAGCUGAUACAUUACAGCGGGCUGUACAAUUCCUGUACAUCACCGAUUUUAUUACUCUACAGUUUAAUGUGUACAGUAGUACUCUGUUCCACAGCUUAUCAAAUCACCAGUCUUGAGACGAGUAAAACGCAGCAGUUAAUGACAGUCAUGUACCUUAUAUUUGGUGUGGCCCAACUCUUUCUUUACUGCUGGCAUAGUAAUGAAGUGCUAUACGCUAGUAUGGAUCUAAUCCGUGGACCGUAUGAAAGCAAAUGGUGGACGCAAAGCCCAUCUCAUCAAAGAAACCUAUUCAUUCUCGUUGUUCAAUUGUCCAAAAUUAUUACAUUCACCGCUGGGCCAUUUACCGAUCUCACUGUUGCUACUUUUAUAAAUAUACUGAAAGGCGCUUACAGUUAUUACACGCUGCUUUAA